AUGCACGGCGUCGGCUGGCAGACGCUGUCCCUGUCUCUGGGGUUAGUGCUGGCGAUCCUGAACGAGGUGGCGCCGCAAGCGUGUCCGGCGCAGUGCUCCUGCUCCGGGAGCACAGUGGACUGUCACGGGCUGGCGUUGCGCAGUGUGCCCAGGAAUAUCCCCCGCAACACCGAGAGACUGGAUUUAAAUGGAAAUAACAUCACAAGGAUUACCAAGACAGAUUUUGCUGGUCUUCGACACCUAAGAGUUCUUCAGCUUAUGGAGAAUAAGAUUACCACCAUUGAAAGAGGGGCAUUCCAGGAUCUUAAAGAACUGGAGAGACUGCGGUUAAACAGAAAUCACCUUCAGCUGUUUCCUGAGUUGCUGUUUCUUGGGACUUCGAAGCUAUACAGGCUCGACCUCAGUGAAAACCAGAUUCAGGCAAUUCCAAGGAAAGCUUUUCGUGGGGCAGUUGAUAUUAAAAAUCUGCAACUGGAUUACAACCAGAUCAGCUGUAUUGAAGAUGGGGCAUUCAGGGCUCUCCGGGACCUGGAAGUGCUCACUCUCAACAAUAACAACAUUACUAGACUUUCUGUGGCAAGUUUCAACCAUAUGCCUAAACUUAGGACUUUUCGACUGCAUUCGAACAACCUAUACUGUGACUGCCACCUGGCCUGGCUCUCGGACUGGCUGCGCCAAAGGCCUCGUGUGGGCCUCUACACUCAGUGUAUGGGGCCGUCCCACCUGAGGGGCCACAAUGUAGCCGAGGUUCAAAAACGAGAGUUUGUCUGCAGCGGUCACCAGUCAUUUAUGGCUCCGUCUUGCAGUGUUUUGCACUGCCCAGCUGCUUGCACCUGUAGCAACAACAUCGUAGACUGCCGUGGGAAGGGUCUCACUGAGAUCCCCACGAAUCUGCCAGAGACCAUCACAGAAAUACGUUUAGAACAAAACUCAAUCAAGGUCAUCCCUCCUGGAGCUUUCUCACCAUAUAAAAAGCUUAGAAGAAUCGACCUGAGCAAUAAUCAGAUCUCUGAGCUAGCACCAGAUGCUUUCCAAGGACUACGCUCUCUGAAUUCACUUGUCCUCUAUGGAAAUAAAAUCACAGAACUCCCAAAAAGUUUAUUUGAAGGACUGUUUUCCUUACAGCUACUAUUACUGAAUGCCAACAAGAUAAACUGCCUUCGGGUAGAUGCUUUUCAGGAUCUGCACAACCUGAACCUUCUCUCCUUAUAUGACAACAAGCUUCAGACCAUCGCCAAGGGGACCUUUUCACCUCUCCGGGCCAUUCAAACCAUGCAUUUGGCCCAGAACCCCUUUAUUUGUGACUGCCAUCUCAAGUGGCUGGCGGAUUAUCUCCAUACCAACCCAAUUGAGACCAGUGGCGCCCGCUGCACCAGUCCCCGGCGACUGGCGAACAAAAGAAUUGGACAGAUCAAAAGCAAGAAAUUCCGUUGUUCAGCUAAAGAACAGUAUUUCAUUCCAGGUACCGAAGAUUAUCGAUCAAAAUUAAGUGGGGACUGCUUUGCCGAUUUGGCUUGUCCUGAAAAGUGCCGCUGCGAAGGGACCACAGUGGACUGCUCCAAUCAAAAACUCACCAAGAUCCCAGACCACAUUCCCCAGUACACUGCAGAGCUGCGCCUCAACAAUAAUGAAUUUACAGUUUUGGAAGCUACAGGGAUCUUCAAGAAACUUCCUCAGUUACGUAAAAUAAACUUUAGCAACAAUAAGAUCACAGAUAUUGAAGAGGGAGCGUUUGAAGGCGCAUCUGGCGUGAAUGAAAUACUUCUCACGAGUAAUCGUUUGGAAAAUGUUCAGCAUAAGAUGUUCAAGGGCUUGGAAAGCCUCAAGACUUUGAUGUUGAGAAGUAAUCGCAUAAGCUGUGUAGGGAAUGACAGUUUCAUAGGACUCAGCUCUGUGCGUUUGCUUUCUUUAUAUGAUAAUCAGAUUGCUACCAUUGCACCAGGAGCUUUUGAUACUCUCCAUUCUUUAUCUACUCUAAACCUCUUGGCCAAUCCUUUCAACUGUAACUGCUACCUGGCUUGGUUGGGAGAAUGGCUCAGGAAGAAAAGAAUCGUAACAGGAAAUCCUCGAUGUCAGAAACCCUAUUUCCUCAAAGAAAUCCCCAUCCAGGAUGUGGCCGUCCAGGACCUCACUUGUGACGAUGGAAAUGAUGACAACAGCUGUUCCCCACUCUCUCGCUGUCCUGCGGAGUGUACCUGCUUGGACACAGUGGUUCGAUGUAGCAACAAAGCCUUGAAGAUCUUGCCCAAAGGAAUUCCAAGAGAUGUCACCGAACUGUAUCUGGAUGGGAACCAGUUUACCCUGGUUCCUAAGGAACUCUCUAACUACAAACAUUUAACACUUAUAGACUUAAGUAACAACAGAAUAAGCACUCUCUCUAAUCAGAGCUUCAGCAACAUGACCCAGCUCCUCACCUUAAUUCUUAGUUACAACCGUUUGAGAUGUAUUCCUCCUCGAACCUUCGAUGGACUGAAGUCUCUUCGAUUACUUUCUUUACAUGGAAAUGACAUUUCUGUUGUGCCUGAAGGUGCUUUCAAUGAUCUUGCUGCAUUAUCACACCUAGCAAUUGGAGCCAACCCUCUUUACUGUGAUUGUAACAUGCAGUGGUUAUCCGACUGGGUAAAGUCGGAAUACAAAGAGCCGGGAAUUGCGCGCUGUGCUGGUCCUGGAGAAAUGGCAGAUAAACUACUUCUCACAACUCCCUCCAAAAAAUUUACAUGUCAAGGUCCUGUGGAUGUCAAUAUUCUAGCUAAAUGUAAUCCCUGCUUAUCAAAUCCAUGUAAAAAUGAUGGCACCUGUAACAGUGAUCCAGUUGACUUUUAUCGCUGCACCUGUCCCUAUGGUUUCAAGGGGCAGGACUGUGAUGUUCCAAUUCAUGCAUGCAUCAGCAACCCAUGUAAACAUGGAGGAACUUGCCACUUAAAAGAAGGAGAAAAGGAUGGAUUCUGGUGUAUUUGCGCUGAUGGAUUUGAAGGAGAAAAUUGUGAAAUCAAUGUUGAUGACUGUGAAGAUAAUGACUGUGAAAAUAACUCUACAUGUGUCGAUGGAAUUAAUAACUACACAUGCCUUUGCCCACCUGAGUACACAGGAGAGUUGUGUGAGGAGAAACUGGACUUCUGCGCCCAGGACUUGAACCCCUGCCAGCAUGACUCCAAGUGCAUCCUGACGCCAAAGGGAUACAAAUGUGACUGCACUCCAGGAUACAUAGGAGAACACUGUGACAUCAACUUCGAUGACUGCCAAGAUCACAAGUGUAAGAACGGAGCCCACUGCACUGAUGCGGUGAACGGUUAUACCUGCACCUGUCCUGAAGGCUACAGUGGCUUGUUUUGUGAGUUUUCUCCACCCAUGGUUCUCCCUCGUACCAGCCCCUGUGAUAAUUUUGACUGUCAGAAUGGAGCUCAAUGCAUCAUCAGGAUCAAUGAGCCAAUAUGCCAGUGUUUGCCUGGCUACCAGGGAGAAAAGUGUGAAAAACUGGUCAGUGUGAAUUUUGUAAACAAAGAGUCUUAUCUUCAGAUCCCUUCCGCCAAGGUCCGGCCUCAAACAAACAUCACCCUUCAGAUCGCCACAGAUGAAGACAGUGGAAUCCUCCUGUAUAAGGGUGAUAAAGACCAUAUCGCUGUAGAACUCUACCGAGGACGAGUUCGUGCCAGCUAUGACACCGGCUCCCACCCGGCUUCUGCCAUUUACAGUGUGGAGACAAUCAAUGACGGAAAUUUUCACAUUGUGGAACUACUCGCCCUGGAUCAAAGUCUCUCCCUCUCAGUGGACGGAGGGAGCCCCAAAAUCAUUACCAACUUGUCAAAGCAGUCCACUCUGAAUUUUGACUCCCCUCUUUAUGUUGGAGGCAUGCCCGGGAAGAACAACGUGGCCGCAGCUCUGCGCCAGGCCCCUGGGCAGAAUGGCACCAGCUUCCACGGUUGCAUCCGGAACCUUUACAUCAACAGCGAACUUCAGGACUUCCGGAAGGUGCCCAUGCAGACUGGCAUCCUGCCUGGCUGUGAACCAUGCCACAAGAAGGUGUGUGCCCACGGCACAUGCCAGCCCAGCAGCCAGGCCGGCUUCACCUGCGAGUGCGAGGAAGGAUGGACAGGGCCCCUCUGUGAUCAGAGGACCAAUGACCCCUGUCUCGGAAAUAAAUGCGUCCAUGGCACCUGCCUGCCCAUCAAUGCGUUCUCCUACAGCUGCAAGUGCCUAGAGGGCCACGGGGGCGUCCUCUGUGAUGAAGAGGAGGAUCUGUUUAACCCUUGCCAGGCGAUUAAGUGCAAGCAUGGAAAAUGCAGGCUCUCGGGACUGGGGCAGCCCUACUGUGAAUGCAGCAGUGGAUACACCGGGGACAGCUGUGAUAGGGAAAUCUCUUGUCGAGGGGAACGGAUAAGAGAUUAUUACCAAAAGCAGCAGGGCUACGCUGCUUGCCAGACGACCAAGAAGGUGUCUCGGUUGGAAUGCAGAGGGGGCUGUGCAGGUGGGCAGUGCUGCGGACCUCUGAGGAGCAAGCGAAGGAAAUACUCUUUCGAAUGCACUGAUGGGUCCUCGUUUGUGGACGAGGUGGAGAAGGUGGUAAAGUGUGGCUGUACCCGCUGCGCCUCCUAA